CCAGCGGCUGGACAGAUCGCGCGGCUCCGUGUAUCCGGCGUGAUAAGCGAAGAAUCGGUAUCGGUACAUGCACGUACGACCUUGUUGACGACGAAGGUCGUGUCGGAUCGCUCGUCCUCGCUCGUUUCUCGACGGAGUCUCGCGCGAAUCUGCUCCCGUCGUUCUCCCGAUGAUGCACGAUGGGGUCGAUGGGAAUGCACCGGAUAACCACGGAGAUUCGCGCCCGACGUGGUAUUCGCGAGUAAGCCCCGCUACCAGCUGCUGCUUGUGCGCGACGAGGUAUCGACGCCGUCAUGCCGGAGUGCCGCUGACGCGAAAAGACGCGAGAAGGGUGGCCGAUUGAACACGGCGAGGAGGCGACAGCUCGGCGGUCGUUCGCACUCCGGAGUAUCGCGAUAACGCGCCGAGUCCACGAGCAAGGUGAGCUCUGCGGAUGUUGUGCGUUAACGCGUUGUUUACUCUCGACGCGGCCGGAUUUAUCGCGUAUCGAAAGACAAACCGUUUCUUAUUGAUUUAACGACGUCCGGGAGAUUUUCGAAGUCGCCGCGACUUUACUCGCUUCAUCCUCGCGCUCAUCCGUGAUUUUACCGGAGAAGCGAGCGACGGAUUAUCCGCGCGUGUACGAAACGGUCCUUCCCCCGGAGUCUCGCGCGAAUAUCGCAGCGAGUUCGUUGAGAAGAGAAAAGAAGGGAGACGCAACGCGGAGUCGAGAGGCGAGGUGAUUUUUCAAACGCACCUUCACGACAGAACGGGCGAUUUCUCUCAUUGUUUCCGCGCUUCCGUCGGGGAAAUCGCUGUCCCGUCUCGUAAUAUCGCGCUCACUAUUCAUCCCCGUGUUUAUCGAGGAACGACGUCGUAAAUCCCAACCACCCCGAGAGUCUCGGAUGUUACUGCGGCUCUCAUCGCGACGUAGUUGUGUCGUAAACCCGAAACCCGAGAGAUUCCGAGGUUCUCCGCGAUGUGAGUCUUCGGGAACCCCCGUUUCACCUUUCGCUCACCAUAAUUGCCGCAUUCUCUCGUCUCCCGGCGAUACUCGACGCUAUUGCGCGCCUUUGUCGUCACCACGUCGCGCACCAUGAUUUCCUUCGUAGACUCGUCGAACGAAGAUGAGGUCGACCGCAACCGGCGUCUUCCUGCUCCUGUGUCUCACCUGCGCCCGCUUGCCGCCUGCCACCACGACCUUCGACCCGUACUGCGGCGAUCACCUGGCGGGCCCGCGGGGCGUCAUACACACGCCGAAUUUCCCCGGGCCCUUCCCGCUGCCGAUCAAGUGCCGCUGGGUGAUCGACGUGUCCGACAUCCCGUCGACCAACAGCUCCAUCGUCGUCUACCUGACGCAGCUCUACGUGUACAAGGGGCUACGCUUCACCGAGUACGCGUACUACGAGUCCGAGACCAUGAAUUUCGGCGCGGCCCUGGUGAAGGAGGUGACCGAGGGCAACGUCUUCGAGUACCGUCAACUGAGGACCUUCAGACCGUUCCUGGUCGUCGAGUUCGAGCUCGACCGCUUCGAGGGCAACCACGUCCGCGUGUUGAACGACCUCCUCGACGUGUACGGGUUCAACGUGACGUACGAGAUGACCGAGGAGCAGCCGAAUCCCGAGUCCUGCACUAUGCGCGACUGCUCCUUCGCGGGUAACUGCCUCGUCUCCGCGGACUAUGUAUCUUUCUGGUGCGACUGUUUCGACGGUUUCAGCGGGAGAAACUGCAACGAGGGUCCGUUGUGUUUCAACGAUCAACACAGCCCGGUUUGUCAAAACGAGGCUAUGUGCAGGCAAAUCGGAGCGGAAGCAAUGCACUGCGAUUGCUUGGACGGCUACGUCGGUCACAGUUGCGAAACUCGUCUUCUGGAUACUUUGGACACUGAAUGCGCUUCGGAGAAUUGUAUACUGCAGUGUCCUUUCGACGAGGAACAGCAGCCGUGCACCUGCAAAGACGGCACGAAAAUAUACAACAAUCGAUCGCGAUACGAGUGCAGGAUCAAGUUGUCGAACGUGACGUCUCUCCGCACGGGUCCGGUGUCGCAGCACGGCAGCCUGGAAUCGUUGGUCAGCAAACAGCUCGCUAAGUACCUAAGGAACUCCAACAUCACUUCCCUGGAGGAGUUAAAAAUCCUGAGCGUGACACCCACUUCCGAGGUGACCUUUCAUUUUUUCGGGAAUUCCGAUGACGGGGACAAGAUCCGCGAGUCGCUAAAUCGACUCGUGCAGCGCCGACGUCUCAGCGAAAUCGCGCUGGAGUCCACGCACUUCACGUUCCAGCAGAAGCCCGCGCUCAAGUUGCAGAGUCUGCGGAUCAAUCAGGUGAACGAUUACGACGUUCACUUGGGAGAUCAGAUCGUCUUGUCGUGCGCUGCUCAAGGAAGUUACGGCAUAAACUUCACCUGGUACAAGGACGGCAUGUUGGUGAACACGAGCAAAGCUACUAGAGAAAUUUGGGUCAGUAAUUUGCCGAACGACGGCUCGGACGUGUACCUGUCGGUGUUGACCAUCGAGAAGGCGAACCUGCUCGAUGGCGGCCAAUACACGUGUCAAGUGGUGGAUUGGGGCGUGCAGCAAUGCAAAAGCGUCUACAUCGAGAUCAGGGAUGAGCCGGAAGUGAAGGUGGUGCCGAUGAGCGCCAUCAUAGAGAAAGGCAGCAACAUUCAAUUGACGUGCACGACGCCUAACAUGCGUAACAUCGGGAUUGGAUUCGGUUGGACGAAGAAUCGUGCCUUGCUCAAGCUGGAGCCCGGUCGGGCAAUUUGGGAAGACUUAUAUCCAGCGGGCAGUAUCCUGAAAAUCACCAACGCUCAGAAAUCCGCGAUCUACACCUGCAACGUAGCGCACAAGUCCAUGUCCGUCCGGGUCGAAGUCAUGAAUCGAACUUUGAUACCGAUCUGCCUCGGCGGGAAGUCCUGGGGCCUGCAGUGGCCGGACACCGCUCCAGGAUCGGAGGCAUUACUGGAAUGUCCUCGAUACUUCGUGGGCCGACGGGUAUCCAGACUCUGCUCGAUGAAAGACGCCACCACACCCGAAUGGCAAACACCGGACUUUUCGUCUUGCUUAUACAAAGCAUUGGUCUCGCCUUACAACAAUUUUCGAAGUCUAACAUUGGGUUACCAAAAUAUCACGAGCUCCGGGACGAUCCUCGCCUUUUGGGAGAUUCUGCACGAACGUGCAUUACCGCUCUACCCCGGCGAAGGCGAUCGUAUAAUAAGCAUGUUGGCGGAGAUCGAGAGGUAUCAGUACAAUAUCGAUCCGCUGGACGCGUACGUUUCCGCAGAGGCUCUGACUCACAUAAUAAAUCGUAUAUUGAGCGACGAGUACUCAAUCUCGAGUCAAGAGAAGUUGUCGGUGCUGCUUCAACUUACGCAACGGAAUCUAAUUCACUGGUCCAAGCAACUGAAACACGUGUGCAAGCAUAUGGCUUUGUCGUCCAUGGCUGUGGAUAUUCAGCAGCUGCAAUCUCACAACGGGGACAGUAUCACGCAUUCGCUGCAGAUGCCUUCGGCCGAGCACACGUAUCCUGAUUGGUAUGAAGAUAAAGUGGCUAUACGUUUGUGGAAGAAGAGACAGCGCAAUGUAAAGUCCAACAGCACGUUCGCCGGAAUCGUUAUCGUGUACAAAAACAUGUCGCGCUUCAUCCCAACGGCCUACGUUACGGAGCUCGACGACGGCACGGAUCUCGAGUUUCGCAUCAAUUCCCGAGUGAUCACCGUGGCGGUGCCCUCCUUCGGGGUCGACAAGUACAGUAAGAUAUGGGUCGACCUGCAGAUCCGGCACUUGCAGAACCAAACGAGCGGCUGGAACACGUCGUGCGGUCUGAUGGACAACUCUGGCUCGUGGGAUCUCAACAGUUGCAUAGCGAACACCGUGUUCGGCGACGCCACGACGCAUUGUCUGUGCCCUACCGCGGGUACCGUCGCUGUUUUCUUGACGACUCGCGCGGUAAAAGUGGUGUUGGCAAAGACGGAACAGACGACGUUCAUAAUAAUAUUCGGAUGCAGCAGUUGCUUGGUCCAAUGUUUGUUGUCCGCCCUGAUAUUGGGCACCUUUUGGUGGAAGCACAAAACCUGGCUGAAUUUCUUGAAGCUCCAGUGCUGCGGCGCGUUAAUCGGCGCGAUGGCCAUCUUCAUUUACGCCGUCCACGAUAAUCUGCCAGAGUCUUCGUACUCGCUCGUGGCGAUCGGGUUGGAAGCGUUUCUCCUCGUGGGCAUGUCCGCGCCCAUCUCCGAGGCUCUGAUAGUGUACGCCGAGCUCACACAGAUCCGACCUAGUCAACACUUACAACCGACAGUGAUCGCCGUGAUAACCGGUGUCCCGAUUUUGGCCGUGUUCGCGACCGAACUGACGCACCAGAGCACCGGAUGGCGACACGAGUCCUGGUGGCUCAUUUACGGCAGCGGCGUCUACAACAUAUUCGUCAGCUGCGCCACGAUGAUGUUCCUGGUGUUCAUAUUGCUGUACAUGGGGGUGCUUCACAAGGUCCACACGUUGGUGGAGGAGAACGUGAUGAAGAGGGAAGCGAUAGAAACGAGGAUACGAAUACUGCACCACGCGGCUAUCGUCAUAUGCGGCAUCGUCGUCAUGGAGUCGUCGUCCAUCAUCUACAUCAAUUCCUCGUCCAUAAUCUUCCACUACGUCUUCGCGUCUCUGUCAUUCGCUUUGGGCUUCGACGUAAUAAUCGUGUACAUCGUUAACGCCGAUGUUGCGAUUAUCAGGCCGAUGCUGCGGAAGAUCAGGUGGAAACGCGGCGUGGACGAGGAGCACACGUCCGAACCAAUCAAAGAACUGAGAUUCCGACUGGGCUCACGUCACGGUAAUAACAACCUCGUCAACACGGUGUUCGCCGCAGUGUGCUCGAAAGGCGACGCAGAGAUGGACAACGACUCGGCGACACCCCCGGCGGCGGCGUUGUCGAUCUCCGGCGAGCCGUACCGGGAGGCGCGCGGCGUCGCCGCGGGCAGCAUCGACAUUCGCGAGUUCGUCUCCGAGUCGUCGUCCGUCGUCUACUCCGGCAAGUCCCCGGCCGUGGCGGCGACCAGCAGAUUCCUGCCGGAGAUCCGGGUGGACCGUUCGGACGACAUCGACCUCGAGAACUACAGCACGAGCCCGCGCAAGUAUCAGGAGCCGGUGGUGACCGCCGCCGCGGCGGUGGCCCCGUUCACGGCGCACCGUGGCUCCCGUUGCCUCGUCGACGACGCGGUCAACUACGGCGUCAGCGACUGCUGCAGCUUCCGCGGCGGCAACAGCGCCGGUAACAGCGGUAACCGGGACGGCAAGGUGUUCUCGCCGGCGAGCGGCGUCCCGUCCGACUGUCCCUCAGCCAAGGUGCUCUGCAGCGCCGACGUGGAGUCGCGGCUGAGCACGAUGCCGGACGUCACGCUGGCGGUGAAGAGCGACGUCGAGCUGCUGGCGAACGCGGAGCUGAAGAGCCGGGAGCUGGCGGUGAGCGGCGCGAUGCCCGACAUCGCCAACACGAGCGAGCGCAAGCAGCCCGACGGCGAGGAGAAGAAGACCCCGGAGAUCAUGGUGACCGGCUGCGACAGCGCGACCAGCGGCAUGCUCGACCGCAUCUCCCACGACCUCGACUAUCUGCUGAAUCGCACGCACGCGAAGGAGAGCGCUUGAGCGGCUCCCCGCCGACUCGAAUCGGCCGAGACGCGUAGCGAGAAAGCGCCCACCUUGAAGAACCACACCGAUCAGCAGGUCGUUAACGUUUGUACAAAGGAACAGAGCUCGUUCGCCGGCUCGAGUGUGUCGUUCCAGGUGUUCGUUGAUAUUUCUCUGUAAUGGGGACUCUCGACGCGGGAGCUCGUAAACGUAAACGUGAUAUAAUCGUACUCGGAAGGCUGAGGCUGGGUCUACUCAGGUAGGGUGUGGUAAGCCUUUGGCCUUUUGCUUCUCAACGUUCGAUUGUGAUGUUUUUAGUAAAAUGCGUUUCCAACGCUACCAGACACCGACCACGUUUAUCUUACAACCGUUGGAAGUUUUCUGUUCUGGGAGAUCGGGUUAUUUCUGACAGAUCUGAUAGAAUAAUCCGAUCUUAGCUCAGAAAACUUCCAACGGUUGCAAAAUAAACGAAUAUACAAAAUAAACGUUCUGCUGAACGUGGCUAACAUUGAGGCCUGCGUUGAAUAGAGGAAAUAAUUCGGUGAACGCUUAACGGGUUUUAAGCCCGAUUGAUACAUCCAGGAGGAUGUGUCAAGGAUCUAAAAGAAUACUCCAAUUACGGUCAAUAAUCACUAAACGCUCACCGAGCUUCUUCCUCUGCUAAACGCAUACAUUGCAAUUUCGAAGGUUAGGCGUUAUUACGGUUCUUGAUAGCGCGGGAAACGCUUUUCGCUGGAGAUUACGUUACAAUUCAAUGCUUAAAACGAAAGAAUAAAAGCUCACUACAUCUAUUGUAGAUCCGGACUAAAAGCCAAAAUGUAACGGUGAAUUUUACCGAGCUCCGAUUGAGUUAGUCGACGAUUUCAAAUUACUGUCAGCCAAGAUUACCUGCUAUAUCUUGCUGAUGCAGAUAGAAAUUAUUGACUUUGAUCGUCAUUGAAUGACAAGUUACAGAAUUGGAAAUUGGCGUGGACGCUUCUUAUUAUUCGUCGAUUAGUUUAUUCAGAGUUCGGUAAAAGUCACUCUGAGGUGCAGCGACGUGCAUCGAUGGCCGAUAAGCGCGUUCGCAUUCACGACGCUUUGUAACACGCGAUUCUCCGUUUUUUUAUUAUCUUUUUCCUCGUGAAACAAAACAGUCGAGCCGUACUAUCGAGCGUCUAAGCGAAGAACACGUCUCGCGAAUGUGAUAAGAAGAUUUAGGUCUGUAUUAAUAGUCGCCACUUGAAGCUUGUCUCAUGUGAAACACCCAGAUUUCAAUUCAGUGUUAGAUUCGAUGUUAUAUCGUAUGAUAUAUUUGACACAAAUAUAUCCGUUAUAAAUUGUAUGCUGUUCAACUGAAAAGCUCGCACUUCAAUUCAAAUCUGAGUAUCUCUCAUGAGACAAGUUUUCGAGUAACAACUAUUAAUACGAGCCUAACUCCCUGAAUUCAAGACUGAACAUCUCACCCGAGACGAGUCUCAAGUAAGUAACGACUGUUAACACGGACCUUAAUCGCGCUGCGAAGCGCACGGCCGCAGUAAUGCACGUCAUCGCACCGGUCUUUUCUCGUUUCUUACAUUGUCGCUUAAAAUCUAGCGCUAUCCCGCCAGACCGAAGUCGUACGUAAGAUAAUCGCCGAUCACGAGUCGGUUAUAGUUGUAAGAGACCGUGCGAAAGAUGAUUUAUCAUCGCGCUUCAUCCGUGUCAAAGUGUACGUCAGGUGUGCGUGAUCUCGCGGUUCUUCGUGCUGCAUUAUGAAACACUCGUGCUUACGUCUAUCGAAUGUCGUAAGAAGACAUCGUCCCUCCAUUAAACGCGAAUAUCAAAAAUAAAAACUGUAACUACGUAAGGGUUUUAAAUUGGAACGCAUAACGUAGGCGCUCGCGAAGCGAUGUGUAGUCCAAGUAAUGGUAUAUAUAUUGUGGAAAAAAAAAAAUCUCCGAGUUAAAGUAUUUAUUUAUCACUGUCAUCGUACAGCCCUUUCAUAAUAUCCACGAGUCAGUCGUCGCGCGCUUUUCUUCGUCAUUUAUAAUUUGCAUUAUAAAGCUAUACACAUUCAAUUCAGUUUUGAUAAUCUACUUACAUACUUAAGAUCGAAGUGUUUAUGUUGUUGUUUGUAGUAGUUUUACCUCUAGUAGGGUUAGUCGUUUACUUAAUGAGAAAAUGCGUCACUGAAAAUCGAUUCGACGGAGGUAUGAAAUUGGAGCAGUAUCUCUCUUGGCCAAGCACGUGUUAUAAAUGCAAAAGACGUAAUAAGAUCUGUGUUAGUCUGUUAGCACUCGAAUAUACCUAUAUGACUAGUUUUCUGUGUCAACAGAUUUUUCUUAAAAAUAUAAAGUAUUUACAAGGAUUUCAGCUAAUUUUAUCGAGAUUUAAUAACCUUGGUUUAAUCACAUCAAUAAUACCCAAGUAUAGUAGGGCCGUGGCUUCAUCCGAGUUACCACUGAAGAUCUAUUUGAGCCGGCAUUAUAUCGCGAUCUGGUCUACGUGGAACUAAAAAAAAAAAAAAACAG